AUGGUAUUUGUCCGUCAGAUAAUUGUAUCUGAUGCCUCUUCCUUUUUAUCUAGAGCAGUUUGUAUUGCUACAAGAUAUAGUGCUGUUCGUAGACAAUUUGGUUCGAAGAAUGGUGGACCAGAGAUACAGGUGAUUGAUUAUAAGACACAACAAAGUAGGCUAUUUCCCUUGAUUGCUUCAGCCUAUGCUUUCAGAUUUGUUGGUGAAUGGUUGAAGUGGUUGUACACGGAUGUAACCCAAAGAUUACAAGCCAGUGAUUUCUCUACACUUCCUGAAGCUCAUGCUUGUACUGCUGGUUUGAAGUCACUCACCACUACUGCUACAGCUGAUGGAAUUGAAGAAUGUCGUAAGUUAUGUGGAGGCCAUGGCUAUCUUUGUAGCAGUGGGUUACCCGAAUUAUUUGCUGUAUAUGUCCCAAACUGUACAUAUGAAGGAGACAACACUGUGCUUCUUCUACAAGUUGCGAAAUUUCUGAUGAAAACCGUUUCACAACUUCCUUCCGAGAAGAAACAAGUGGGAACAACAACAACAUAUUUUGGCCACCUAGAACAUCAUAUGAAAUUCCAGUCUGAUGUUCAGAAAGCUGAGGAUUGGUUAAAGCCAAGUGCUAUCUUGGGAGUGUUUGAGGCCAGAUCUGUAAGGAUGUCUGUAACUUGUGCUAAUAACUUGAGAAAGUUUUCGAAUCAAGAAGAAGGUUUUUCUGAACUGUCUGCUGAUUUGGUUGAGGCUGCAAUUGCUCAUUGUCAAGUGAUCAUUGUUUCAAAAUUUAUUAAGAAAUUGGAACAAGAAAUCCCUGGUUACGGGGUUAAGCAACAGUUGGAGGUUCUAUGUUUCAUCUACGCGUUAUUCCUUCUACAUAAGCAUCAAGGCGAUUUUCUUGCAACCAAAUGCAUCACUCCUAAGCAGGCUCAUCUAGCUAAUGAACAACUCAGAUAUUUAUAUGCAAAGGUCCGUCCAAAUGCGGUUUCUCUUGUGGACUCAUUCAACCAUACAGACCAUCUUCUUGGCUCAAUUUUGGGGAGAUACGAUGGUAAUGUGUAUCAGAAGUUGUAUGAGGAAGCAUGGAAAGAUCCUUUGAAUGAUUCGGUAAUUAUUGAUGGUUACCAUGACUAUAUUCGCCCCUUAUUGAAACGACAACUUCAAAUUGCCCGACUCUAG